AUGGAGUCGGCCCGUUCCGAAGAGUCGCCAUCGUCUUCAUUUUUCCGCCCUCUCCUCGUCAGAAGACCGCCCUCGGCGACGUAUUUAAGCCAACUCGUUACCAGUUACGGUUGGCGCGAGGCGACCUAACCAAUCUCUGUUUUGACAUGCAAUUAUGUCGCCUACCGCUGUUAAUUCUGCUGCUUUCUGGGGAUCCCAAGCCGCUUUUUGCGUCUAACAUUGGUAUGUUCAGACUUUUUUUGGUGAGCAAACUGAGAUUCAAAUUUUUAUUUUUUAUUCCUCUUUGCAAACAUAAGAAAUACUUUCAUGUGGCUAAAACUUUAUAGAACCUGAAUUUCGCUCUCAAUUUAUUUAGAAAAGAUUAUAUACAUGUCCGGCCAAUAUCUUUUCAUUUUCUCCUCCUUGAAAUUUUUUUUUUCUUUUUCAGAAUUUUUUUUUCCUGAAAUUGUAAAUAUGCAUUAUCGAACCGUGACUCAGAAUCUUCCUCCUGUAGUUUUUUUAGAUCUUUGAUAUUCAGUUACAAUUUUUGACACUAACAAAAACUUUAAUUUUAGUUUGCACUCUGAAUUUGGCCAGAGUAUUCCUUGAUGCACUGGAAAUCUCCAAUUAUCUUAAAAAAAUUUUUUUAUUGAAAAUUCGGUUGAAUUUUUGCUUUUUUAAAAAGCCUUUUUUUGAUAAAGAAGAAUUCGGGCAGACUGAGAAUUUCGGAGUUUUUUGGCGAAUCAAGCAAGCACUUUUUGAAAAUUUCCGACUUAAGCCGUGUACAAAAUACUUCUGUGAAACUCAGAAUACCUGUCAGAAAAAAUGAAAAAAACUAAAUUUUUGAAGAGAGAUAAUUUUUGGAUUUUGCGGAGUACUUUUUAACAUGGCAUCUUUUAUUUUUUUCGUGUAAGAUAUACUUUUUAUUACAAAAUAUAAUAAAUGGAUUAUGAAGACUUCCUAUCCGUGGUGAUAACUGAUAAUGAUACCCGCUUCAGUGAUAGAGCAAGACCCCAGAGAACAAGACCCAUUCUACCAAGAGUCAGGGGCCAGAGCUGGCGGACUUCCUCUAGCUGCUGUCAAUUCAGUAGUUCACAACGUGAAGCAUCGCACCAACAGCAACUAUCAAAUAUGGGACAGCGAGGCGCCGAGCCAUCAGUAAGAGUCGGACGUCUUCUGGAUAACUAGAAGCGUGUUCAGACUGCGUCGGAAGGACUACACGACGACGACGUCGACGCUGCCGCCUCCGGUUCCUCCAGCGGCACGACGAGGACGUCCUCGAGUUCCGCCGUGGUUUCAAGGGUGGGUUACUGAGAGAAAAAGAAAUGAUCACUCAAGUGCCCCUUUGAGGGUGAGUAGCUUUUCUAGAAGUAACUACGAUGUUUCCUGAAUAGUAGCCGGUUUUGACUUUUCUUUGAGCAACUGAGUGACAACUCAAGGGUUUCUGUUCAAGAGGCCACUAAAGAAAUUUUGACUGGACUUUUUUUUCAACGGCUUCGUAACAAGACACAAUCCAUUCUAUUAUCCUUUAAUCCUGAACUUCAAGUGAUCCCUUGAGCUAUCAAUUCUAAGUGGUCCUUUUAGGAAUGAACCUGGAAAGACCUAAUGUUCACCGAAAACAAAUUUUCUUGUUUUUACCCCCUUUCUAAAACGUCAUUCUUGAUUUUUAAAUAUGAAAUUAUCGUGCCACCGACCAUGAAACGACUUGCGCGACUCGAGUUGAAAAAAAAGACUUCCAGGUACGGUAAUGGCUACGAUCCCUACGCUAUGAUGAUGCCCUACGAUUACGGUGGCCCCAGAUAUCCAGCUUAUUCCCGAGCACGGUAAUUUUUUAUAGUCAUUUACGCUCAAAAAUCCAAGCUUACUGUAAUUUCCUUGCUUAUCGUGUCAGGACCAUUAUUUGAUCAUUCUCCAAUUUUUCAGACGACCCAUGCUGCCUCCAAGGCCUCGGCCACACUUUCCAGCCCCGGUCGAUCCACUUUCCGAGUUGGUACACUUCAAAUUAAAUCCUGUUUCUUGUGUUUUGUCUUUGAAAGUUCGAAAUGAAAUGACUUCCAAAGUGUGACUGAAUCAACAGCCCUUAAAAGUACAAUAAUUACAGAAAUGGCGCCGAACUCUUGUCGCACAUCGGCGCCGACGUCGACGACAACGAGGGCAAACAGGUCAACACUUUGUUCGCUCUAUUGAGAAUUUUGCAUAGAACACUUGUGGAAGCUAAUUAUGAGUCUUUGGAAGUGUUGUAAUAACUAGAUAUUGAAAUAGAAGCAAAAAACAAAGACUUGGUGAAGAAAAAAAAAAGAUUUUCUUUUAAAAAAAAUGUAUUGAAGUGAGAAUCUAACACGUAAAUUUCUCAUGUUUGUUUGUCAAUUUUACGUAAGAAAAAAAGUAUCUUUCAACGCUUCUGACGUCCUUAAAGCUACUCAGGAACGCCAGAGUGGUCUCUAUAGGGACAACGAUAGGGCCUUUAAAGGCUUCCCUCCAGGGACAUAUUUUUACUCCGCGUAUGGGGGGAUGAAGAGGAGCACCAAAGCUUUCGAAAGUGACGCUGUAGACAUUUUUUUAUUGGUUAACACCCCUAUAGGGACCACUCUGGUGUACCUGAGGAUAGCAAAAUGAAUUUUUUUUUUUUUUAAAUUGACUUAAUCUCAACGUGUGAGCUAACUACUAAAAAAAACUCGCCCCUAAAAUUAACACUAACAGAUAAAAUAACCUAGCUAGUGAGUGCUGUGCUUGAACUUAACCUACUGAACAAAAAUUCCAAAAAAUAAACAUUUACAGAAAUCAACGACCGCCGGGAAAAAAGCAACCUCCGAUAAUUCCCAGAAGGUUGUUGAAUGUUAGACUUGAAAAAAAUGUUGUGGAAGACCAACUUUCUAUAGAAACUGAAUAGCCGAAUUUCAGGAGAAGACGUCGAAGGAGGUGACUUCAUCAGAAAACAAUGAAAUUCGAAAGAAAAGGCAGAAAGGGGAGGGAGAGCCGGAGGGCGAGGGAACCAAAGAAGAGGAGGCUGGAGAAGCUGAAGAGGGACCUUCACUGGCCGACGUCAAGAAAGACGGUGUUCAUGUGAGUAUUCUGGGGGGUUCAGAAGAAACUCAAUCCACAAAAAAUGUUUUAUCUGAGGGAUUGAACCUUCUAAAGCACCUUAAUUUGAGUUCAACUUUCUUUUCUGUUUUGUUAAAGCUUUUCCAGGGACUGAGAGGACCUCAAAAACCAAAAUCCAAGUCCAAGAAGACGUCGAAACCAGAAAAGGAAGAAAAUGAAGACAAGGAUGAGAAAGAUGAGAAAGAUGAAGAGAAAGUUGAUGACCAAGAAGAAGAAGAAGUUAGUUUUCAUAAUCAGAUUUCUCUCUGAUUCGAAAAAUUUCCAGAAAAAAGAAGCGGAGAAGGAUGAAGACGAGGGAACUAAAAACAAGAAAUCAGAGGAAAAGAAGGACAAAACUGACAAAAAAGACAAGAAAAAUGAGUCAAAGAAGAAAAACGAGAAAAAGGAUAAGAAAAAAAGCAAGGAGGACAAGGAGGAUGAAAUCGAAGAAGUUGAAGGCGAUGUUAAGGUUAGUUUGGAAGAAGCAGAAAAUUGAGCCAUCAAGUGCGCUCUAUUGAUAAGUCCUAGUAAUCCACCUGAAAAACCUUUUUUCCCGAAUGUAUUCAUAGUUUGAGAAAAAAAUCAUAUCAAUUGCUCAAAAUACUACAUUUUUUUUUUCUAGGUUCGCAAAUCGGUCGAUGGCAGUACAGAAACUGAGGUUUGCAUUCUUUCUCGGAUCAAAAAAAAAACUAUUUGUCAGGAAAAUGAAGAUGAGAAGGAUGAAGAAGAGGCAGACGAUGAGAAAGAUUCAAAGAAGAAAAAGAAUAAAAAGAAAGACAGGAAGAAAAAAGAGAAAGAGGAAGAGGAAGACGAUGAGAAGGAAGAGGAGGAGGAAGAAGAAGAUGAUGAUAAAGAUGAAGGUUUGUUUAAAAAAAUGAAUUUAGAAUAAAAAAAACGAAUGUUUGCUUUAUCUAGAAGUGAUCAAUAGAGUGCCCCUUUGGUUCAGCUUUUAAGUGGCCACUUAAAAAAUCUAUAAAGUCCCCUGGAAGGUUACGAUCUUCAAACAGCCUACUGAUGACUGAAACUUUUUUGAAUAGUUCAGAAGAUAUUGGUAGCCACUUAAGAGUUUUCUGUUCAAGUGAUCACUUGCGGAGCUUUUUGUUUCAUUUUCCAGAUGAAGAUGAUGAAGAGGAGGAAGAAGACGAUGAGGAAGAUGAUGAGGAUGAAGAGAAGGAAAAGAAGAAGAAACCGAAAAAGAAGCCGACGAACAUCAACAAUCAGCCGACGUCGUCAAAUUGUAUGCCGAUGACGUCACCGCCAGCACAGUACUACGCCGCGCCGACGACCACGACGACAACGACGACGACAUCUGCUUAUCCGGUGAUUAAUUGAUUGAUUUUUACUCCGCAACAUGUGCGUUUUUUGCGUUCAAACUUUGAGGCGCCAUAACUCGACUAGAACCAAAAAGACGCACUUUUUUCAACUUCUUUGAAUUCAGGGUGUUCAAAAGUACCUGUAUAUAAAGUUUCAUCGAAUCCCUUGAUUUCACGGAACGACAUUCCGCUGUGCCGCUGCGCGCUUUUGCGAAGCUUGGCCGCUCUUUUGAUUUUUUUUUUCUUUUAUCAAGAUACUCAACUUUUAUGUGCUCCCACAGCAAUAACAAUCAAUUGAAAGCGCGGCCUAGAUUCGAAAGACGCUUCGCGAACGCACGCAGCGGAACAGCGGAAUGUCGUUCCGUGGAAUUUCAAGUCGUGGCACACAGACUAUAUCUACAUUUUUAUCCGCAGGAUUCUUCACGGCUUCGCUAAGAGAUUAAAAAAGCCGAAAAACAGAGUUUUUACUUCUUCAUCUUCGACAUUAAUAAAAGAACUUUUUUUGGCCCCCGGUUGAACUUUUGAUGAAACUGGGCUAAAAUGCACUUUAGGACCAAGCUCUUGAAGCUGUAUAACUUGAAAAUAUGAUCUAUUGUGAGAAAUUAUUUUCUUUUUUUUUGAGUCAGGAGGUCCUAAAGCGCAUUUCAGGCAAGUUUCGUCACAAGUUCCAGCGGGGGGCCAAAAAACGUGACCUUGCAAGACUUAGCUUGAGGUGUGAAUCGCAUCAGGUCGGGUGCAAGAUCAUGCAUUGAACUACUCAAUCAUAAACGAAGGAAAAUGUUACGUAAAACUAUUAAGUCAAGCAUAUACGAAGGAAUAUGAAAUGAAAUAGGAGUUACGUAUUCUGCCGUUAUAAGUAAUCACAGCUCUACGAAUUCGCUAAAAGAAAAGAAAAUAUUCAGGUGAACGGAUGUUAUAGUCAAUGUUUCUCGGACUAAAUGGCGAGAGAGGCGGGCAAAGGUGCGGAACGCGUAGCGUGUGCGUACGCGGUUCUUGGCACGAGUUCAAUUCAAAUGCCGCCGACUAUUCAAAAGCUCUUCAACCGCUCAUUUACUGUAUUUUCUACUAUUUUUUGAUGCGCAAAUAAACAUAAUCAAAAAAUAAUUAAGAAAGGAGAAAAAAAGCGAUAAAAAGCUCUCUGAUUGCUGCUGGCGGUUGAAUUGAACUCGUGCCAAGAACCGCGUACGCACACGCUACGCGUCUCGCCCUCUGCCCCGCCUCCCUCGCCUUUCAAGUCGGGAAACAUUGACUAAAAAACUAAUCAACCAAGAAGUUCUGAUUUUUUUUUCCAUGCAAUCUGAAAUUCCAAAAACAAUUACGAAUUUCAGGUCAUGCCGAGCGGAUACCAGAUGGUUCCUCCUGUUCCUCAAAACUGCGUUCCAGCAUCAACUGUAGAAAAUAAUUAUAAUGAAAACGAGGAUGAAGAAGAAGAAGAGGACGAGGAAGAUGAAGAGGAAGAAAAGAAAAAGAAAAAGAAGAAGAAGAAAAAAGGCAAGAAGAAAAAUGGGAAAAAGAAGAAGUGCGGCAAAAAAUGCAAGAAAAAUAAAAAGAAAGGUAAUUCUGAUUCAUUUUUGACUGUUGAAAUUUAUUUUCAGGGAAAGAAACACGACUUCCUGACAUCAAAAGAGAGGGCAGAGUUUCUGAAAGGCAACUCGGGAGCUUUGCAAGGUGACUACUUGAGGGACCACUUGAAGAGGGAAAAUUUCAGGAAAUGACGGUUUGAAGGGCGUCCGGGAGAAGAGCAGCAAAGGUGAGUUUUUUUUAAACUCAUCCCAGUAAAAAAAAACUUUUCCGAAUUUUUCCCCCUUAUCACAAUCUUCAGAAUUUUUUAAAUACUUAGGAAGAAAUUGAAAAAAUGAUACGAGUGAAAAAUUCUCAUAUUUUAUGUUUCUUUUGUCAAAAUUUGACUCUUUCUUUUUUCUUUCUUUUCGAUAAAAUUUUGAAAAACUGUCAAACAUACUUUGAAACGCCAGAGUGAUCCCUAUAGGGGGUUAGGUCGAUAAAACAGCCCCUAGAGGGGUAAGAAAAGUCCCGUGUAAGGGUAAACUUUAGGUGGUCCCUAUAGUGGUUUAGGAUAUGACCGCUAAGCCUUUAGAAGCUUAGGUUGGUCCCUAUAGGGGUCACUAACAAAAAUCCAUAUGAAAGUAGGUAAAGUGGUUCCUAGAGGAAAGCUUCAAGGGCCCCAAAGUUGCUUCUACAGGGACAAGCUCCAUAGUAUAUACAAGAAAGAAAUUUCCAAACCGACCGCACUUUCCAGGUCCCGGAGGCAUUGACUGUCGGACAGCUACGGACGAGUUUCCACUAAAAUGUCCAGCCUGGAAAUCGGCCGGAUUCUGCGAGACGAACGAGGCGACGCGGUUUCUUUGGUGCCGGAAGACGUGCGUCUGUGAUUCUGGAGACUCGACGACGACGACGUCGACCGUCGCCAGCGUCUAA